AUGGUUGCUGAGUAUCACCGUUGGCUAGACGACUAUCAGUACAAGGAAUCGAUUCAAGUUCUCCAUGCUUGGGUCAUAAAGGAAGCUCAAGUCAGAGUUGUAGCUCAUGAAGCUGUCCGUGGAUUUGCAGAUGGUCCAUUGCAUACAGAUGAUAGGAAGAAGGGACACAGUACAGAUGACGACAGGAGACACAGAACAGAUGAUAACAAGAGGAAAAAGAGCUUUUUCACAUCACUAUCAGGACCAGGAGAAACAGCAAAACCAGGCUUGAAAAAGGACUGUCCAAUUUCAUCAUGUCAAGAGCAACAUGGCAUAUGGAGGUGUGACAAGUUUAAAGGACAAAACGUGGACAAGAGAUUGGAGAUGGUAAAGGAGCUAAAACUUUGCUUUAGAUGUCUGUCCGGCAGCAAUCAUCGUGGGGUUGACUGCAAACGUAGCCGCAUAUGUGGAAUCGAAGGAUGUCGAGAAACUCACAAUCGUUUAUUGCACCUAUCCCCACGGCAGAAAGAAGAAGGAUCAGCCACGAAAGGGGAGAUAAGGAAAGAGAAAAAGCCUACCACAAGUGGCGAGAAGCCUAAAAGUCAGAAUUAUGGAAGCCUGACAACGACAUCGGACAACAAGGAAGAAUCGGAGUAUAUUGCUCUUCGGACUGUCCCAGUAAUUCUGAAGAACGGAGAGAAACGUUUGAAAGUCAACGUGUUGUUAGAUGACGGAAGUACGACAACCUACAUCAACACAGAAGUAGCUGAAGAGUUGGGACUUAAAGGAGAAGUCAUGAAGACUACUGUCGGUGUACUCAAUGGAAGGAUUGAGUCCUUCGAGACAACACCUGUUGAAGUUGGAUUGGAGAGUUUAGACAAGCGAAUGGAUAUGAAGAUCAUAGCAAGGACUACCGAUAAAGUCACUGGAGAUAUGAAAGCGAUUGACUGGAGAGGUUAUGUUGACAUGUUCGAACAUCUUAAAGACAUUGAAUUCCCGAAACAUGGAAGGAGAGAAACCAUAGAUAUGUUGAUCGGUGUCGACUACCCGGAGUUACACUUUUCUUUGAAAGAGAUAGCAGGAAAUCAUGGCGAGCCAAUUGCUAGAAAGACGAGACUCGGAUGGACAUGUGAGCCAGAGGUUGCCAAGGCGUACACAGCUACCAUCAAGCAGUAUCUGAAGAAGGACUACAUACGCAAGGUUCCACCAACAACAUUUGAAGGGAUAUCGUUAAACGACACACUACAGCAAGGCCCAAAACUGCAGAAAGACCUAGUCGAUGUCCUGCUCCGAUUUCGUAAGGAACCAGUUGCUAUUGUCGGAGAUAUCCAACAAAUGUAUCUCCAACUGGAGGUUGAGGCCAGGGAUAGGCCGUACCAGCGGUUUUUAUGGAGAGAGAUGGAGGUAUGGAGAGUCCCAGAAGAAUAUGAGUUCAACAGGGUAGUGUUUGGUAUAAACUCAUCGCCGUUCCUUGCGCAGUUCGUCACCCAGGAGCAUGCCAAACACCAUAAAUCGACAUUUCCUUUAGCCUCGGAGACCAUACUUAAGUCAACCUUCAUGGAUGAUUCAAUGGACUCCGUUUUGAAUGAUACAGAGGGUGUGAAGCUCUAUCAGGAGUUGGCAGAACUAUGGUCCAGAGCUGGGAUGUAUUGUAGAAAAUGGCUCUCAAACUCGAUGACUGUGUUAGCCGAGAUUCCUGAAGAAGACAGUGCAGCUGAGAUUAGCUUAGACGAAGGGGAGCUUCCUUCCACCAAGACUCUAGGUGUUCUCUGGCAGGCCAAGGAAGACAUGUUCACUUUCACAGCCACACCAGUUGAAGACAACUUCACGCUAACGAAGAGAACGUUUCUGCAGAAGUUAGCCAAAGUGUUUGACCCCAUGGGUUUCAUAUCGCCCUACAUCGUGCGCGGAAAGAUACUCAUGCAGGAGAUUUGGACAACUGGAGUUGGAUGGGACGAUAGGAAUCUUGGAUGCCUUGAGCAGAAGGCGCAAAGCUGGUUUGCGGACCUUCAAGAUUUAGGCCAAGAUUUUAGAUCAUGA